GAUUAACUCAGAACUUCUCGAUUGAUAUAUUGAACAACACUUCGAGAUUAUUGCAAGUACGAAAUAUAUCUAGUCUUUCGAAGUAAAGAGUUCAUUCCAGCUGAUCCGAGCUGAACCACCACCACUUUUGGGAAACAGCCAUCUUUUCGACAAUAUCAUCAUUGUCUAAAUCUAUCUCAAGGCAUCGAUAUCAGCAACAUGGAUACUGUAAUUAAUACGGGUAAUGAAAUGGCUAGUUUUACUGGUACAAGCAAUACACCUACACCACAUGAGGACGUUUCCUUCCCGUUGUUUUCCACAUUUCCAUUGGAGAUUCGACGUCAAAUUUGGAAGCAUGCUUUGAUAGGUCCUCACAUUCAUAUUAUUUCUAGCCACAUGGCAACUCGUAGCAGAAUUACGGAAAUUAUGCAAGCAUGCAAGGAGGCAUAUGAUGAAGGCAUCCAGCUACAGUUUUCACAUUUCACAUUUUGCAAUUACGGUUCGUGGGGGGACGACAAUUGCCAUGCACAACUUCCAAAACACUACAUGAACCCAGACGCCGAUAUCAUGUGGCUUGUUCACAAUUCUGAGCCUAAAUUCCCUUUCGCUGUGGCAUUAUAUGACGGGCGUCCCUCGUAUCGUAUGGUAAAAGUCUUUGCCAUAAAUCAUCAGCUAUGGCGCGAUCCAUGUCCGCGAUGGGAACGUAACGUAAUAAGCUGGACAUUCGGAACAUUCGCAGAUCUACCUUACCAAUUUUGUGAGGAAAUAUACGUCGUUCUAAAUAAUGUAGCCUUUGACCUAGACCGUGGCGUGACUUUCGUCGAGCCAGUAGACGGUCGUGAUGAGCCUCUCUCCUCUCGAAAACUUACUUCACAAGGCCAUGAGAAGCCUAACCAUGUUUUAUUCAAAGAAGCAGAAAGAAGAAAGAAAAACUUUGAAGACUUUAGAGAACAAAUCUGCAAAACCGAAGAGGGUUAUCUAGAACAUCUCAAUACAUAUACGUGUCUCGAGUAUCUACCUAUCAUACGCUACGUUAUAGCAAAACCAAGCGGGAUUCCUUCUUCAUUCACGUGUAUCAAGGAUCAAAAGCAGAAGGUUCUUGGCCACAAAUCUCUCACUCCAAUCAACACAAAUUUAUUGCCCGACCAUCUCAAAUUCUUGAUCUCUAACAAUGAUGAUGACAGCUGCUUUCCGGCAGAAAAUGAUACGGACGUUUAUAAUAGCGAUAACACAGAUGAAGAAGUUUAUGAAGACAGUUUAGAGUACGAUAGCCAUGCCGAUGAUAGGGAUGUAGAAGGCGAUGAGGAGGAGGAGGACGACAAUGAAGAGGACGACAAGGAAGAUAAUAAGGAUGAGAAUGCAGCGGAAAGCGAAGAUCUGGGUUCUAGCACAAGUUCGAAUACGGAUUCUGACAAUAGAAAUUUCCAAACUUUACCUCUCAACCGAGCUGUUGAGGCUCUUGGCUCUCAAUAUUACGCCGAAUUUUCAAAUGAUGGGGAUGGAAUGGGACAUAAUCAAAUGCCAUUUCCAGACGAAGAUGAUGAAGAUUUAUGAUGGAUAUUAAUUUUCCCAUUUCUGUAUAAUCAUUCGAGGGGUUUAGACAUCAACAGGCUUGUGGAUAUCUAGGUCUUGAAAGUUGAUGAUUCUUGAAAAAUCAAACAGUGUAGACAAGGUUCAUAUAAUAAUGAGAAUUUUAACCA